CAGACCUUGGAAGUAUAACCAGCUGUUCCAUGGCGUACAAGUGGACCAGAUCUGAAGCUUCUGCCCACUGCGAACAGUGUCCAGGUCAUGACUCUGCUUUUCCGUGGACCCUUUCUGGGGCGCCAAACGUGGGUAAUUGACAUCGCCAUGAUGUAGCAUGAUGCAACAACUCUCUGUGUCCCUGAUGAUGGGAGAUGGGUCUGGCGAGCACCCAUGGAUAUAUUUACCCUCGACAAUGAACUACUCUCUCCUCUUCUUCAUAUUCAACUCGUCUUCUCAAAAAAAAAAAAUUGCCCUAUUAAUUCUUCCUUAUUUAACGGCAUCUCUGACGGCAUCUCUGAAUCUAUACGAAAAUGGCGGAAUCCGACGCAUUACACUUGGCUGCUCGCGCUGAGCAGGACCUCAACAGCUACCAGGCAAAGCAAGGUCUUGGACCCAAGAGUGAUUCGACCAUCGAGUCCGGCGUGAACGAGUUCGUCGACAAGAAGUUCCCUCAGGAGACAGGUGUCAAGACUGGUAGAGAGGCAGGCCCUACUGGUAGCGACAACAAGCCUAUCCCUGAAGAUGAAGGUGGCAGCCGUGAUGACCGGGGCAGAUUAGCAACAGCUGGCGAAUUCCAGGGUAAGGGAGGUCCAGAAGAUAAGGCAAGAAUCCAAGGGGAGCGUCGUCCUGGUGAUCAAGACACGCUCAACCUGCAAGACUUGAAGCGCGAGGGUAUCGCCAAAUAGACAUUAUCCUAC